AUGGGAAAGAAAAGGUUUUACGCGGUGGCGGUUGGCAGACAAACCGGUGUUUUCAGUACCUGGGAGGAGUGCCAGAAGCAGGUCUCAGGGUUCUCUGGAGCCCGUUUUAAGUCUUUUUUGACUUUACAGGAGGCGCAGGCCUAUGCUAGUGGGGUGCAGGACGUUGAGCCGGGAAGUGUCGGCACAUCACUUGUGGCUGACUCGCACACGCCUGUUUUGGUGGGUGUAAAGCGCGCGCUUUCACUUGAUGUGACGUUAGAUGCUGUGGAGGUGGAUGCUGCGGAUGACGGUAAUGAAGUGGAUGACGAAAGUAAGCAGCAGGUUCUCUCCCCAGAAUGGGUAGAGGCCCGGAAACGGGAGGCGGUUGUUGUGUAUGUUGAUGGGGCCUGCAGAAAUAACGGAAGUCGAAGCCGUGAAAGACGACCACGUGCUGGCUUCGGUGGAUUCUAUGGCGACGGUGACAGCCGUAACUUUAAAUUCCCUCUUCCAGCUCACGAACCCCAGACCAAUCAGCGUGCGGAACUCUCCGCGCUCAUCCAUGUCUUGCGCGUUGCGUUGGACUCUCACCCUUGCUACAAUUUGUGUGUAUACAGUGAUAGCAAGUACACCGUAAUGGGUGUCAAUUCCUACUUGCACCGGUGGGAACGCAACGGUUUUAAAACUGCCGGUGGAGGCGACGUUGCUAACAUCGACUUGUGGAGUCAAUUGACGAAAUUGCGUAAUAGGCACUUAUCCCGGUGCGCGGAACGUUUCACUAUGGAGUUCCGCUUCAAGGCUAGUUUAGCAGCGAUAGCUGCACGCGCUGUCGCGUUGCAGUUGAAGCACGUCCCGGGGCACGCAGGUGUGUAUGGGAAUGAAAUGGCAGACCGCUUGGCAGUUGAGGCCUGUGAAUCGCCCUUUGGCUAA